GCGCGUCAUUUUGCGCUCCGGAGUGCAGCACAGCGCGUCUGGAGCUGCGUCUGGCGGCCACAGGGCGUGGUGACCGGGGUGUGUGGACGGCUGGACGGAGAUGGUUCCCUCAGCAUUAUGGACCGGAGGAAAGCCGUGCCCGGGUCUGUCCGCUGCUGUCUGCUGCUGGUCCUGGCUGUGUGCGCAGAGGUCUCUGAACGGGGACACUUAGAAGUGCCACUGUCCUGUUCAGAGGGCUUUACAGAACUGGGCUACUACAAUGGCUCAGUUUCCCACACAGACUCAGGCUCUCCAUGCCUGAAGUGGACUGACUUCCCAGACUACAUGCAGCAAUAUCCGAGCCGAGGUCUGGGAGAUCACAGCUUCUGCCGGAACCCAGACCGAGAGACCAAUCCCUGGUGCUUCUUCAGGCAGAGCUCUGGUGCCAUUGGCUGGGCCUAUUGCGACUGCCAGCAGGGAGCAGCCAGAUUGGUGGGGGGAUCAUCAGGCAACAAUGGGCGUCUGGAGAUCUACCUGAAUGGCAAAUGGGGGGCAGUAUGUGACUCACACUGGACCGAUCGAGAUGCCAGCGUCAUAUGCAGACAGCUUGGACUGAGUGACAUUGGUACGGCGCUCCAGCAUUCCUACUUUGGUCCAGGUUCCCUCUUCCACUAUGAGCGUUUAGGCUGCCGUGGUAAUGAGAAUUCCCUUCUAGAGUGCCAGAGCAAGAAGUUUGUCACCAGUGACUGUAACCAUGGCAAUGAAGCGGGGGUGAUUUGUGCUGAACCUGAAGGCACUGGGAUCCCUUUGAGACUUGUGGGAGGCUUGGAGGACUUUGAGGGCCGUAUCGAGGUGUACCAUAACGGCAGAUGGGGAACCGUUUGUGAUGACCAAUGGGAUGAUACUGAUGCUGAGGUGGUGUGCCGACAGCUGGGUUUGGGGGGCGUGGCCAAAGCAUGGACAUGGGCUCACUUUGGCCAGGGUUUUGGUCCCAUCUUGCUAGAUGGGGUUCAGUGCACAGGCAAUGAACUUUCUCUGGAGGAAUGUCCUCAUAGCAACUGGGGGCAACAUAACUGUGACCACACAGAAGAUGCAGGGGUAUCUUGCAAUUCAUACACAGAUGGUGCAGUUCGUCUAGUGGGAGCAGAGAGUCACCAGGAGGGUCGUGUGGAGAUUUACUACCAGGGACAAUGGGGCUCUGUCUGUGAUGACAACUGGACAGAACUCAACGCCCAGGUAGUGUGUCGACAGCUGGGCUUCAGGGGCAGAGCAGUGGUGGCUCCUGAUGGUGUGUAUGAAGAAGGUCAUGGGCUGAUCUUGCUGGAUGAGGUGCAGUGUCAGGGAACAGAGGCCAGUUUGCUGGGCUGCAUCCAUUCUGAAUGGGGCCAACAUGACUGCUCACACAGUGAGGAUGUAGGCGUCCACUGUGAGAGGGAAAGCGAUACCAAGACGAUUCCAAGCAUUUCCCCUUUUACUGGCCCUCUGGUGCGUUUGGUUGCAGGAGAGAGCAGGAAGGAAGGCAGAGUGGAGGUCUUCCUUAAUGGCCAGUGGGGAAGUGUGUGUGAUGAUGGCUGGAAUGAUGUCAGUGCAGCUGUAGUUUGCAGACAGCUGGGUUUCACAGGUGCGGCUAAAGCUCGAUCCAUGGCAUAUUUUGGAGAGGGUCGAGGUCCCAUCCAUCUGGACAAUGUUCGGUGCUUGGGCACUGAGAUGUACUUAGGUCAGUGUCCGACUGAGGGUCAAGAUGGCCAUGACUGUCGUCACAGUGAGGAUGCAGGGGUUAUCUGUGAUUACACUCUGGAUCCUGUGAGAGAUGUUACCAUUGCAAUGCAGACCUGUGGCCUGAGACUACACAAUAAUCAGCGCCGUCGACGCAGAAUUAUAGGAGGAGAUAAGUCACUGAGGGGUGAGUGGCCCUGGCAAGUGUCUCUGUGGCUCAGGUCUCAGUCUAAAGGCAAUCAUCCUCUGUGUGGAGCAUCACUCAUCAACAGGUGCUGGGUUGUAACCGCCGCCCACUGCUUCAAGAGAUUUGGCAGAGAUCCCACCCGCUACACUUUACGCCUGGGAGACUACCACACUGAGGAGCAAGAUGACUUUGAACGCACCUUGUCCCCGGAUCGCAUCGUUAUCCACAGAAAGUACCACAGUCAGGGCUGGGAGUAUGAUAUUGCCCUGCUACGGCUCAAAGGCACAGAGGGCAACUGUGUGGCAUUCAAUCCUCACACAGGUGCAGUGUGUCUUCCAGAGCCAGGCACCAAGUGGGAGAAGCGGCCUGCUGCCUGUGUAAUCACUGGCUGGGGCAUCACAGAUUCAGAGUACUCCCGGACCCUGCUCCAAGCCUGGGUCCCCCUGCUUCCCGCCUGGAAGUGUAAGAAGCGAUACGGUGAUCGCUUCACCAGCCGCAUGCUUUGUGCUGGGAGUCUGUCGGAGCGCCACCGCGUGGACAGCUGCCAGGGUGACAGUGGGGGUCCACUGGUUUGCCAAGGGGAGGGAGGUCGUUGGGUGCUGACAGGAGUCAUCUCUUGGGGGCAUGGCUGUGGUAACCCCUCAUUCCCUGGUGUGUACACUCGUGUUAGCAGGUUCCUGCGAUGGAUUGACAAGGUUAUCAAUAAACCCCACAAGAACUAAUGAGCAUUGGUCAUAGUUAUCAAGUGGAUUUCGGGCUUGAAGCGGCAGGUACGCACUGAUAAGAACUAGCUGGCAUGACAUGACAUUGUAUAGGAUUAUAACUGUCAGCCAAUGGCAUGUUUCCAUACAGUAGGAGGCACCUGUGUUGGAUCAUUUAUGAUCAGAGCCAGAAAUGAGUGCACGGCACUUAAAUAAUGUAUUUAUUGUAGUGGAUUAAUCUACUGUUAUGUGUGCAUGUUUUCAUCUAUCCACUUCAAUGCCUGCUUUAUCUUUCAUUCUACAUUCACAAAAGAGUAUUUAAAUCUGACAUGCUAGUACAGCAGAAAGACCAGUAGACACCAUGCAUGAAUCUACUGUGCAUAAAUAUUCAUUUAUAAUUGAGAACUGUGUCCAGAUAAAGAAUGGUGCCCAUCCAAACAGGAAGGAAGGAACAGAGGAAGGCACUAAUACACAGACCAUACCUAUGGCAGUAGAUUCAGAUCUUGCUCAUCAGGUAAAUAGUGCUGUAGUAAAGCCAGCCUUGAGAAGUGGAAUAAUACUGCACUGAAACGCAUGCCUUGCAGUGACACCUGUAGAUGAGAACCUGAAAGAAGAAAUUGAAAGAACAACAGUACUGUAGAAAUGAUGUGCCUUAUAGGACUACAUUUGUAAAUACAGACAAUUUAUUUUUUUCAUAUAUUUUUCAACAAGUCCAACUAUUAACAAGCCACAGGCCUCACUAUUUUUGCAUAAUUAUUUUAAUCAUUAAUGAAGUAGUUUUUCCCAAGUUAUUUCUGUUUACUGAAAUUGAACUAAUUAUCUGUCUACAAAUGACAAACUGUCAACUACUGUACAGUAUAAUGUGUAAGUACAAGAAGCUUAUAACCAAGGACAACAUUACCAAUCAAGCUUCAGACCAAAGGACAAGGUUCACUGUUUAGCAAUUGGUUUGUGCAAGUUCAAUUAAUUGUACAUGUGUUUUUGGAUAUGGAAAUAUGUGCAUUGUUAAUUGAUUUAAAAAAAAAAAAAAGGUGGGUUGUGGUUUAUCACCUAAUUUUGAAGAAAUAGGGGCCCUGUGUUAAAAUAUAGAUUCAAACCUUCUUUAUUUCAGCUGUUAUCACUUAGUGGAUAAUCCUAAAAAACAUUGUAGUUACUUUUGGAAUAGUGUACAUAAUGCUUAAUAGGGGCCCCACAGCUGAUUUUUGCACCAGGGGCCUUCAAGCAGAUUAAUUUCAGCUUGCUUAUGACAGCAGUGUGUGCUGUUAAAAGUGAAAAUGGUAUGUUCACAUGGUCAAUGUGCCUCAAGUUCGAUCAUAUUACUGUACUUGUACAUACUGUAUGUCUCAUCAGUAUUAUAAUUAUAAUCAGUAUUACAAAGUGUGUACGUAUCGCUGAAGUGUUAACAAGGUUCUACAUCAACGGC